UGGCACAAAUGCGUUCUCAUUGAGCUAAGACUAAUAUCUCGCUUGAAACAAUGAGUCGUUAUGGGAGAAGAAGCUAUUACUAUGAUGAUACCAACUAUGACCAGAAGGUUCCUAAAAAUUACAAUGAUAUCCUGGCCAAGGCCGUCAAUCCGGUCACCCAUAGUUCAAAGAAAGAGCUCUACAACAAGCUUUGCCAGUCAAUUCCUAUAGAAGGUGGAACAAAGAUACUUUGGUUAGAUGGAUCCACCGACAAAAUAGCGAUCAUGGUGUCUGCUAAAGCUUUAGACAUUAUUGAAGGUUUUGACAGUCGCUGCUGGCAAUGGGUCUCGACCCAGGACUCCAGAUUCGGACUAGCUGCAGAAGUAAAAAAGGUUGAGUGGUUUGAAGUGUGGCAAUGCAUCGACUGCACGCUCUUGACUCCCGAAACGGAGUACAGCGUGUCGUUUGUAUUGAAGAUAGAAAAAAACAGCAUGCCUACAUGUCCAUCACCAUUCACAUUUUCGCUUCUAACAAUGGAUGGAAAGUUGAUUGAAAAGGCUAUAUAUUUGGAUGAUCACCAGAAAUCAGUUACGAAGGACAAGCCCAAUAUUAUAAAUGCAGAAAAAGGAUGGACAGAAUUUGUCGUGGGCGACUUCGUUACAAAGGAAAGUUGUGACAGCAUGGAGAUUGAUGUCUGUAUGAAAAAUACAGACUGCAAUUUCAUUAAGAGGGGCAUAGUCAUAGAUGGAGUGAAGAUUAAGCCUAAGUAGUGACUAUCAACUGCCUUACCUAUAGAUUAGCAAUAUACAAAGUUGGCUUUCGCCGUAUGUAUUUCAUUAUGUCGCUCAGCAUUGACUCUUAGACUGCACUGAUAUUUUAUAUAUGUUAAAACAUAUUUUAUAUUUUAUUAUAUUUAUAUCAGCGACUUUAGUAUUA